AUGGAAUAUCACAACGACUCCAUGCCUUCGGAUGGGACCGUGAUCUUGGUGAUAGCUGCCAUCGGCCUAUUUACGGCCUUCACCUUGAUCAUAUGCUUCUUGGCCAUCGCAAAACGGCGGGAGAGGAACGAACAUCAGCUAGGUGUAAGUUGAUCCCCCACACGUGUUAUUGGCAUGUGGUUUUUACAGUAAAUAGGUAGCAAAAACAAUAUUUAAUUUUAAUUUGAAGGAUUAGUUAUUAAAAAUGCCCGUUCUCCUAAGAAAUAGUUCACUUUUUAAAGAUUUAAUUAAUUGCCAACAAAAAACCUGUCAAACAUUGUCUAGCAAAGUCAAAUAGGCAUAUCAGUUAAUUUUUUAUAAAUUUUUAUUAUUCUGGUGAAUUGACUGUGUUGAUGAUUAUAAGUUGUCUUAUUUACAGUAACGUAUGUAAACAAUUCUAUCGUAAUAAGCAAUAAAAGCUUAUUUUUAGGAAAUACAGCGGAUAGUAAGUCCUACUAUAAGGUUACACCCACCACCGCCCCGCUUCUCUACUCUUGACCAACAUCCACGCCGAAGUCAACAUACGAUUGAUCCGGCAGUAUUCAUAAUUAAUAGCAAAUACGACUUUCGACCUCCCAGCUACGAAGAGGCGGUACAGUCAUCUUCUGUUACACAGGCAGCCAGUGCGACAUUGGAUACACGAACAGCCGCUGGACAUUCACAUUCUCCACCACCAGCGUUUUCAGAAGUAAGAUGUAUGAUUAAUUUUUUAUGCGUUUGAAUAUACUUUAGAAAGUUUUGUCAAAUUUAGUCUAUUUAAACUUUGUGGUCAUGAACAAGAUUCAAGUAAUGUACAUGAUCAUGAACAUGCUUUAGAUUAUGUAAAAAAAGCAUUGCGAUCUAAUGCAAAGUACAUUGACGUAGAAAACGUUUCAAAACCUAAGUAUACUCUGAGAGAUUAAACUGAUGCCGAUGAUUAAUUGUAGACUGACCCGCUGCCCCGAGCCAGCUUCUCGGCGCCCGCGUGUCACGAGCUGGUCUCACGAAUGAACUCCGGUAGCCAUGCCUGA